CAAACACAAACAAUCUUUAUGGUUUUUAUAUUUAAUUAUUAUAUAGUUUUUUAGAUCUAUACUAAGUCCAUGUGUAUUUUGUCCUGAUCCUAGAUUCACAAAUUGUCAACCAAAAGGAACAUAUAACCUUGCCAGAUUUUUAGUUGUGCUUUAUGAUCUCAAGUUUAAGGUUUUUUUCUAGGUCUAAGGUUUUCACUCCCUACUACUGUUCUGUUUCUGGGAACCUUCUGGGUGUACCUAUCAUAGGGAUCACUAAGACAGGACCAAGUUUCUUAAUUUAGAUAUUAUCGAGAGAUAUCAUUGGGAUUGGAUAAGUUUCUAGAAAUGGAAAGUUCCAACAACAAGAGAGUGGAGAAAAGAGGACAUGAUCAGGUGGAGGAGGGUGAUGGUGCACAGAACCAUCUGACUCAGUCAAAGAAGCCAAAACUACCUGGUUUAGCAAGUGUAAUCGUGGAAGCUUUAAAGGUGGACAGUAUGCAGAGACUAUGCUCAUCUUUGGAACCUCUUCUCAGAAAAAUUGUCAGUGAAGAAGUGGAGCGUGCUUUGACGAAAUUGGGGCAUGCUAAAUUGACUGAAAGAUCUCCACCACCAAGAAUAGAAGGACCAGGGACAAAGAGCCUGCAGCUUCAUUUCAGGACAAGAAUGCCACCUCACUUGUUCACCGGGGGAAAGGUCGAAGGAGAGCAAGGAGCAUCUAUCCAUGUUGUCUUGCUUGACCCGAACACAGGUAAUGUUGUUGAAGUUGGACCAGAGUCAGUUGCUAAAUUGAACGUCGUGGUACUUGAAGGUGACUUCAAUGAGGAAGCAGAUGAAGAUUGGACAAAAGAGCACUUUGAGAACCAUGAAGUAAAGGAGCGUGAGGGGAAAAGGCCACUUCUAACUGGAGAGUUGCAAGUUAGCCUAAAGGAAGGGGUAGGAACCUUAAGUGAUCUUACUUUCACUGACAAUUCUAGCUGGAUAAGAAGCAGGAAAUUCAGGCUUGGUGUUAAGGUGGCUCCUGGGUAUUGUGAGGGGAUUCGUGUGCGCGAGGGAAAGACUGAAGCCUUUGCUGUUAAAGAUCAUAGAGGAGAAUUGUACAAGAAACACUAUCCACCUGCUUUGCAUGAUGAGGUUUGGAGAUUGGACCGGAUAGCGAAGGAUGGAGCACUACACAAAAAAUUGAUUCAAGCAAAAAUAGUAUCUGUAGAAGAUUUCCUACGUCUUCUUGUCCGUGAGCCACAGAAGUUAAGAAGUAUACUUGGUAGUGGAAUGUCCAACAGGAUGUGGGAGAAUACCGUGGAGCAUGCCAAGACAUGUGUCUUGGGUGGUAAGCUCUUUGUUUACUACACUGGAGAAACCAAUAGCAGUGGCAUUGUGUUCAACAAUAUAUAUGAGCUAAGAGGCCUCAUUUCUGAGGGGCAAUUCUUCUCUCUGGAAUCACUUACUCCAAAUCAGAAGAUGUCAGUGGAUUCCUUGGUGAAGAAAGCAUAUGAUAAUUGGGACCAAGUUAUAGAAUAUGAUGGAAAAGUUUUAAACUCUCUCACCAACUCCAAAAAGGGAUCAAGAUCUGUAGCAGCUCAUAUAAUGCCUCCCAGCAAUUUCCUAGAGCAGCAAUAUACUUCUACAAAGAACAAAGUUUCAUCUGUCUCCUCUGAACCAAAUCAACAUUUGCAAAUAGCAAAUAACUAUUCACCUGAUUUGAGUGAUUAUUCAUUUGGGAGAUCUGAUAAUCAGAUGGUAGCAGCAACAUCAUUCAACUCUCAAAUAACAAAUAACUACAUGUCCGGUGAAAAUCCUGAAAAUGAAGGUGGUGCUUAUUAUUCUGGAGAUUGGUCUAGGCAGAGAAAUGGACAAGGGUUGGAAGACAUUGUAGCGGAAGAACUCCGGCUUCGGAGUUCCCAGAUGUUGGAGAGUGAUGAUAUGCAGAGACUUCUUCACACAAUUAACACAGGAGUCAGCAUGUCAAGUAAUUUUGGUAAUUCUAAUGAGGGUUGUUACACCUACAGCCUUCAGUAUCAGCCCCAGAUGUAUGAUUCAUUCAGUGAGGAUCAUGGGAAGCCUUCAGGGAAAGCUGUUGUUGGGUGGUUGAAGCUCAAAGCUGCUUUAAGGUGGGGCAUAUUCAUCAGAAAAAGAGCGGCAGAAAGGAGAGCUCAACUUACCGAGUUGAAUUGAGUCAAAACGGAUUAGGAUCCUGAGGAUCCUUUUAUGUCACAUGACAAUGUCAAGUGAAACAUUGUGUCUAUCUUUCUCUUUGUAAAUACUCACAGCCAAUGUUAUAAUUAUGAAGAGAGAGAUGGACACAGAAUUUCAACAUGACAGUGUCAUGUAAGUGGGACAUUUUCGACUCAUUUUAAGCUAGUAGCUUGCUUAUAUUGUUCUUGGAAUGUAACAAGAGCAAUCUAUAGAAGACUUGACAAAAAAAUGUUGCAAGAGGUAUGGAAGUUCAAGGUUUCAACACAGGGUUGAAGGUGGAAUUACAGCAUAUUGUGGCAAAAAAUUCAGAGGUCAAAACUGCAACAUAGCACAUGCUUACAGCAAGAGCAAACCAUACCACAGAUUCAAUAUCUGGCAGCAAUGUCAUGUAACAAGCUCUCUUAUUGUGGCAUUUUUUUCGUUCUUAUUGUGUAUUUUAAUGAUGAUCUAUGUUCUCAUUUCUUACUUUUUCGUUUAUUCGUUAAGUAAUCAGAAGUUUGUAUCUAAUCUUUCUUGUUUUUUUAUUAUUUUCUGAUAUUGUAUCAUGAAAUAUUUGUCAUCACAUUCCACAUGUAACAAAAUAAAUUUUAACAGAGGAAAUUUAUGCUGAUUGUUAAGAAA